AUGGCUGCGCACAAGAAAGAAGCUAUUGCCAUCGAGCAGCAGGAACUUGCUCCAAUGGAGAAGUCCAUGUGGUACAAGGAAGCGCUAACAGAGGACUUGUACCUGUCCGCGGCCCUCAAGACGAUUUCGUUCGAAGCCAAGUCAAAGUUCCAGACCAUGCAGAUCAUUGAGACGCACUCGUUUGGCAAGACGCUCGUGCUGGAUGGCAAGACGCAAUCGGCCAAGAGCGAUGAAGCCAUUUACCACGAAACACUCGUCCACCCAGCACUUUUGGCUCAUCCGAACCCCAAGACUGUCUACAUUGGCGGUGGUGGCGAGUUCGCAACAGCUCGGGAGGUGCUCAAGCACAAGUCGGUCGAGAAGGUCGUGAUGGUCGACAUUGAUGAACUUGUGUGCAACAUGUGCCGUGAAAAGAUGCCGGAGUGGGCCGAUGGUGCCUUUGAAGACCCGCGGCUCGAAGUGCAUUACACGGACGCCCACGCUUUCCUCGAGCAAUACGACGGUACAUUCGAUGUCAUUAUCAUGGACAUUGCCGACCCUAUUGAAGCUGGACCUGGCUACGUGCUGUACACGGAGGAGUUCUACCAAUAUGCCGUCACCAAGCUCAACAAAGGUGGCUUCAUGGUCACGCAGUCCGGUCCAGGUGCCGUGUACAAUUGGCACGAGUGCUUCUCGUCCAUCUAUCGUACGCUCAAGACCAACUUCAAUACGGUCAUGCCGUACACGGUGGACAUUCCGUCGUUCGGCUGCUCCUGGGCGUUCAACAUGGCCACGAACUUGGACGACGGCGGCGACAGCAAAGCUACUGUAGCAAGUAUCCGUGAACGCAGCAUCGUGACGACGGACGAACUCAUUGAGACGCGUAUUGGUAAACCACUGGUGUCUCUCGACGGGGUGAGCCACUUGGGUCUCUUCGGCCUGCCCAAGAUCGUGCGUGAAGCUCUCCAGAACGAGACCCGUAUCAUUACAGUGGACAACCCCGUGUUUAUGUACUAA